CUUUCAUUGCAUUUUUAAAUCAGUGUUCGAGUCAUCGUACAAAAGAUUGCUUGUGUACAUGAGGUGUUCGUUUCUUUGAAAAUUUAGUGAAAUUGAAUAUUUGAAUAGAUCUUCAAAUCCAACGGAGUAUAAGUUUAUUGGAUUCUACAGUGAAAAUAGGUCGCCCAGCGCCAGCAAUACGUUCUGAAGUUGAUAACUUGUUUCACGGUACUAUGCUUAGUGCUGGUGAAACUGUUGUAAGUACUGUGUUACCUAUAAAUUGUAUGAACGCGCCAGAUAAUACCAUUUCGAAAAACAACGGGUUUUCCGAAAAUAACCCUUACGGAAUGGCGUAUCAACAGUAUGCACAAUAUUGCAAUGCAUACUAUCAGCAGUUACAAUUCAACUCUGGAGGAGGACUCUCCACCAAUGUUCCACCGCCUCCACUUCCGGCAGUUGGAACUGUUAACGUAUCCGUUGAUGAUAACUUGGAGACUUCUUCUACCGCGUCGCCAUCUUCAGGUAGUUUAUUGAACAAGACAACAUUUUUUAGCUCUCCUCAGCAGCAGCAACCGGACGGCAACAUGACAGGAUUCAAACAAGCUCCCAGCCAAUUUGGCCCUAUUCGAUUCAACAUAAACAAACAGCCGCAGCGGGUUAGCCCUCUGGUUCAAUCGAACCCUUUAAACAUUGGACCGCAGCAACCACAACAACAGCAGCAGCAGCAGCCGCCGCAACAGCAACCUCAGCAACAGCAGUUCAAUCAAACUGGCAAGCGAAAGAAGAAAAAGAACAAAAACAUGAACGGAAAUUUAGCGAAUCAACAGUCAGCAAACAAACUAAUGUUUAACUCAGGAAAUAUACCACCUCUGAUGCCAACAACUGCGGAUGGAAAUAAUCAUUACUCCUUAGCUAUGCCAGUUCCGGAUCUUAGUCGGCCACCACCACCAAUUCCAAAUCAUUCGCCCAUUGGGGGAACCAUCAGCACUGCCAUUCCUCCACCACCAGUAUCGAAAAAGCCUGAUCCCUUCAAUAAUCCUACAGACGCAUGGCCAGAAAGUUUGAAUAAUUUUGUCGCGCGCUGUUAUGCCAAAUGCAAGACGGAUUUUGAUAAAGACCAAAUCGAUAUCUGCCUUAAAGGGCGUAUUACAGCUGCCGCGAACAAAGGUGAAUUGUGGACAAAAGAUUGGGAUAAUGAACCAGUUCCGAGUGUGCAUAGCGAACGUGAAACCAUUAUUCCCAACAAUAAAACUUCGAAUUCCGGAAUUGUUGGAAGUAUUAGCCAGUUUCAAAACACACGAAGGAGUAACAGUCCCAAUAGUGGCAUCAACAAUUACAACCAAAGAAAUAAUCAGAGUUAUUCACGGAAAAAUGCAGCAAAUACUGGAAUGCAACAUUCUCUUGGUUCUCGCCUUGGUACGAAAUCGGGAUUGAAAAAAUCACGCGCUUCUCGGUCGCGGUCCCGAACCCCUUCGAAUCGAUAUGGUCGUAGUCGACAUAGUCGUUCUUCUAGCACCGAUUCUCGAUCUCCUCGCAGAAAACGUCGCUCCUCAGACAGUAGCGAUGACAGUCGCACGUCCGCUAAAAACUACAAAUCGAAAAAUCAGAAGUCAAACCAGAAAUCAAAGUCUGGUCCAUCUAAAAAUCAAAAACGUUCUGGUUUCUAUUCGGAACAUGGUCAGAUCGGCGGUGACAUCGAUGGAGAUCAGGAAGCGCUCAAGAAACGUGCAGCUCGUUUCAACAACUCUAACACGAAAAAAGUCUCGCCUCCCAGUCUCGCGUCGCCGCUGAAAAAACGUCUACAGAUGCCUUCACAUUCCCGACUUUUCAUUGAAGAUACAACAGGUGACAAUGAUGCUGGAUUAGAUUUGUUUGAUCUGCACAUAGUAGGUACCUGUCGCGAUCUCGAGAAAAGUUUCCUGCGUCUUACGAAGGCCCCAGCCGCGUCCGAGGUACGUCCAGUCGAAGUGCUUCGAUACUCGUUGCAGAACGUGAAAAACAAGUGGGUAGAAAAGCAGGACUACUAUUAUGCGUGCGAUCAACUGAAGUCUAUUCGACAGGAUUUAACGGUGCAAGGCAUCCGGGAUGAGUUCACUGUCCAAGUAUAUGAAACGCACGCCCGCAUAGCAAUGGAAAAGGGUGAUCACGAGGAAUUCAACCAAUGCCAGACUCAGCUAAAAAUGUUGUAUUCAGAGGUGGGAGGCGAGAACAUAUUGGAGUUUACAGCGUACCGAGUCCUGUAUUAUAUUUUCACCAAAAAUACGCUUGAUCUGACCACUAUUCUGAAAGCUCUUACUCCUGCCGAACUUGAGAAUGAAAUGAUAAUAUUUGUUUUAAAAUUGCGUUCCGCGUGGGCUCUUGGUAAUUACAGCAAAUUCUUCAAGCUCUAUCGCAAAGCCCCGCUGAUGGCUGGCUAUCUAAUCGACUGGUUCGUUGAGCGGGAGCGCAAAUUUGCCCUGAAGAAUAUUAUAAAAGCUUAUCGUCCCAGUUGCCCGGUGGAUUAUAUCAGUCAAACAUUGGCGUUUGAAAGCGAGGACACGUGUUUCGAUUGGCUGUCGACGUUCGAAUUGACCUUCAUUUCAAAGCAAGAAAACGUUGGUACAAACACUGCUGUUGUUGGUGCUGCUACGGGUGACGUGACUGCGACAAGUGUGAAGAAACUAAUUGACUGCAAGACCAGCAUGAAUGUCUUGGCGAAUUUCUAAGUUCCAAUUACUGUUCCACUCUGCUUCCAUCGAUUCGAUGUGUGUUCUACGUGAAAGGGGUACCUGACAUCUGCCAAUCACUGUUGUCGACUGACCUUCACUCAAGCUGAUCGCUCACCGUUCAAGCCCUUACAGCGAUUGGUUCUGUUGGAGAAAAUUACACAUAUGUUUUUUUUCCGAUAACGUUGAAAAAGUCGGGAAUUCAGUUUAGAACUCUUAUCAGCUUACCUUGAUCUGUAGCACAGCGGGAAAGGUGGAAAAACGGUGUAUGGAAGAUGAAAAAGAAUUUUUGUGUAUAUGUGAUUCGUGACGUAAAGAACUUUGUUAAUGAACAUUAUUGGUAUCCAGUGGAUCGCUAGUCCUUGUGGUGAUUGACAUCGAAGGAAGUUUGUGGAACGAAACGUGCCUCAUGCUCUAGGAUCUCGAAUUGAUCAGCAGCUGUUCGGAAGUCCGUCCAGGCCGGUCUGUAGUGACCACUAUAUGAUGUGAAAUGAUUUUGGGUACAACACAUGUGACGAAACACCUUUAAGAACGUAUCGAAUUCUGGUACUUCGUAACGUACGCUAUACGAUCUAAUGAGAUUGACUUUCAUCUUAUCAACGGAAAUUGACUGAUGCCUGCCCUGUUACGUUCUGGCCUAGUAAGGAUCAAACAGUUUAUAGCUCAUCGACUUUUGAGUUAUAUGCCAGAAGACCAUUUGAUUCAGUCAUUCUAUACCUUCUGAGUGUAGUCAGAUAUAGAAUGUUCAAGCCGUGAAGGUUUACUGAUUCAUUCAACAUUCGCCACAUUACCGCGGCUUUCUAGACCCUGCCAUAAAGCGUGUAUUCACACUAUAGCUCUACACCGACAUGAUAUGUUGUAGUUGUGACCGGCAAUCAAAAUAUUGAAAACAAUAUAGCAGGAAGAUAUUUAAUGCAAUAACGGUGUACGGAAACAACAAAGGGAAAGGAAACAAGGACAAGGAAGGAUCUCCACAAGACUAGCGAUCAUUUCGUUCAGCAGUUGUCACGGAAAGUUACGCGCGAGUGUAUUUUGCAAACUUUAAUGCUGAGGAACUAUUUGAAAUUAUCACUCUCGGAAGAUUAUAAUUUUCCAUGAGUAUCAUCUGUAAAUAUUGUUGAUAGUGAAAAAAAAAGAUAGGCGGACUAAGUGUAAAUAUUCUAGCAAUAUGAACAAUGUUUAAACGUCCUACCAUCGCAUUUAGUUUUGGAAAAGGAACGGAUCGCAUUUGAAAGGAAGAGUGCGUUGUGGUUUUCUUUCUGGAAUAUUAUAGGUAAACGACGUGCUCAAGAACAUCUGCAAAUCAUCAAGAAGCAAAGAUGGUUUUCUGCCUAUCAGCGGUUCUUAGAGAAGAACGAUCAAUGACAGAGAAAAUUUCUUACCCUCGAACAUCCUUCCGUGAGCAGAAAGAUCCAUAUCCUGAAUAUCCUGUCUAAGUCACUCAGAACAUCCCAUCUUGCUGCAGAUAUCCUUUCCCACGUCAUAUCCUAUCCACUUAUUAGUUGCAACCGUGUCAACAACCAGAGUAAAUGUUGGUGACGGAACCACGGAGGCUGUGAAAGUGAACGGAGCGGAUUUUUUUUCUUCUACAUUUGCUUUGGUUUCUAUUGUCGCUUUUCAUUAACUAGUUUUAAUCAAGAUAAUUUUACGAUAUUGAAUGGUAAAAUAAAUUUUAUUAUACUUUUAAUAACUUUUACCAUGCACGCCAACCGCAUCGUUUCUCAAUUAUUCUUAGCAGACAACACGGCAAGUAAUAAACGAGAAAAUUAUC